UCCAGUCAGACUCAGUUUGCUGUGGAUCGACCAGACGACAGACAGGAAAAUGGCAGAAGUAGCUCCAGCCCCGGCUGCCGCCGCCCCGGCGAAAGCCCCCAAGAAGAAGAGCACCAAGCCCAAGAAGACCGGCCCCAGCGUCGGGGAGCUCAUCGUGAAAGCCGUGUCCGCCUCCAAGGAGCGCGGCGGCGUCUCUCUGGCCGCCCUCAAGAAGGCUCUGGCCGCUGGGGGUUACGACGUGGACAAGAACAAGGCCCGCGUCAAGAUCGCCGUCAAGAAGUUGGUGACGAAAGGUACACUGCUUCAGACAAAGGGCACCGGGGCCUCCGGAUCUUUCAAGCUCAACAAGAAGAUCAAGGCUGACAAGCCCAAGAAGAAGCCCGCGGCCAAGAAGCCCGCAGCCAAACCCAAGAAAGCCGCCGCGAAGAAACCCAAAGCGGCCGCCAAGCCUAAGAAGGCCGCAGCCAAGAAACCCGCAGCCGCCAAGAAGUCUCCAAAGAAGGUCAAGAAGGCGGCAGCGCCCAAGAAAGCCGCCAAGAGCCCCAAGAAAGCAGCUAAGAAACCUGCUGCCAAAGCGAAGAAGCCCGCCGCUAAAGCCAAGAAGCCCGCGGUGAAGAAGGCCGCCAAGCCCAAAGCCAAGAAGGCAGCCCCCAAGAAGAAGUAAACCUUCAUGCAGCACCUCAUCAACAAAAGGCUCUUUUAAGAGCCACACAUUUUGAAAAAAAAAAGACAAACUCCUUGCGCUUGAGGUUUUUUUCAAUAUAUCAAGACAAAACUGCAUAGCCAAGGGGUGCUGAACGCAAGCUAAACUAAACUAAACCGUAGGAGAACAAUGCAA